AUGGAGCUAAUGAAACUUGUGUUUGAUUCUGUAGAUGCCGAUGUUCCAGGGAAUUCCACUGUUAUUAAAACAGCUCUUGUUGAAUUGCAUGGCCACACAGGAGCCGUUAUUGCUGCGGAUUGGCUGGCUGGCGGUGAUCACGUUAUUACUGCUUCCUGGGAUAGAACUGCUAAUGUGUUUGAUGCGCAGACUGGAGACCUAGUGAACCAGUUGGCUGAUCUUGAUCAUGACCUACAUGACAGUAGUUAUUAAACUUAAACUCAGAAACUUCUGGUAACAUCAUCAAAAGAUACGACAUUCCGACUAUGGGACUUCAGAGAAGCCAUCCAUUCAGUGAGUGUGUUUCAGGGACACACAGAGUCGGUAACUAGCGCUACUUUUACAAGUGGUGAUAAAGUAGUGUCUGGUAGUGACGACAGGACCGUGAAGGUUUGGGAUUUAAAGAAUAUGCGCUCACCUUUAACAACUAUAAGACUAGACUCUCCAGUUAACAGACUUGCGGUAUCGAGUCAACAUGUUAUUGCUAUUCCUCACGACAACAGAAAUGUCCGUUUGUAUGAUGUGACAGGAGUUCGCAUAGCUCGCCUUCCUCGAGGAAACAGACUGGGACAUAGAAGAAUGGUGUGCUCCGUGGCUUGGGCAGAUGAACACACUCAAUCACGUUGUGAUCUCUUUACCUGUGGCUUUGAUCGACUAACCUUAGGAUGGCAGGUCACAUUGCCCACUAAAGAUGAUUCAAAGCCAAACAUCUUGAAAACGUACUAAAUCAAAUCAAGUAAAACUUGUUGCUUGUAAAGAAAGUGGUUGUGUGUUAAAAAGAUUGUUUUUUUAGUAAUUUAAUACUAGUCUUGUAAACUGCAGACAGAUAAUGUUGUUGUGGACCGUUUGUUUGUCAGCUUUAAGUUGUUAUAAUAAUGGAUUGGGACCUAAUAUUUUUCAAUGUUUAAAUGGAACAAAUUAGUAUUUACAUAUUAUUGGUUUUUAUACAAACUUUGAUGUGUCAGAUCCCACCAGUGAAUAAUUAUUAAAGUUUUUAUUUUGGAAACCAUAUAAUAAAUGCUAAUCAGAUAUUUAAACUUGUUUCCAACCAACUCGUUAAAUUACCAUUCAACAAAUGUCGAAUUGUAAUUUAAUACGUAUCAAAUACUUGAGUAUAGUUCUUGUGAAGAGACAUUUUUAUAUAAUUAUUCAACAAACCUUUAAUUUCAUUGCUGUUAUGAUUUCCUUGUAUAAGUAUUGGGCCAAGAUUGUAAAGAUAUAUUUAUCCAUCAACAAAUGUCGAAUUGUAAUUUGUAUCAAAUACUUGAGUAUAGUUCUUGUGAAGAGACAUUUUUAUAUAAUUAUUCAACAAACCUUUAAUUUCCUUGUAUAAGUAUUGGGCCAAGAUUGUAAAGAUAUAUUUAUCCAGUUACAUCAAAUGUAUUUCUUUACGAGAUAAUCUUGGAAUUUAAAGUGUGUGAAACUUCCUAGUCCUGACUUGUGAGAUCUGUCUUUCAGUGUGCUACAAUAGUCAUAUUAUUAACAAUCCAGAAAAUAGUUAUACAUGAAAGUAAAUUAAAUACUAUGUUUUCAACUUGUAAUAAAAAUUAAUAAUUAUCCAUUACACCAUUGUGUUUUCCAACUUAGCAAUUAUUGAACUGGCUUGUUGGCCUAUUUUCUACUCUGCUUCAUAUAGAUAAUCUAGCAAUGUGUGAUCUUGUCAGAGAGGGGAAAAAAGCAGCAGGAAAUAAAACUGGAGUUUUAGGGUUUAAUGUAAAUAUAUAUUUGGAUUAUUACAUCUGACUGGAAGAAGUUCAAGGUAUUUAUUUAUGGAUAAGGAUUAUAAGUGUGAUUAUAAAACGGACCUACACAGGACAGUCGUUAACCGUAACAGGCGAUGUUGAGUUAAAGCGAAGAAUGUGACAACUUUUGUAUAAAGCAACAGUUAAAUAUCAUUCUGCUGUUGUGGUUAAAACAAUGUUUAUCAGUACUGUGCUCGUUAUAUUGUAAAAUGUUUAUUUCUGUAAUUAAAAACAAAGUUCAGGACUAACGUUGGAAUUUAUUUGGUUAAACUUUGACAGUGUUUCAUUUCUAUAUUCCAAAUAAAGUGUUUUUUACAUAUAACAGUUUGCUACUUAUUAUUUGGUAAUGUAUUAUAAUAAAUUAAUUUUAGAUAAAUUUGUGUUUGUGAUAUUGGCCGUGUUCCUGUAGCAUCUAGACUAUUCUGUGGUUGAUUAGAAUUUCUUUUCAUUAAAUAGUUGCCUUUUGAAAAACAUAAAUUAAGGCUGGCUUAAAAUUGAUUUUUAUUGGUAUGGUUACAAUAUUUCAGUUCAAUGUUUCUUACACUGUAAAGCAUUAAAACCAUCAACAUAUAUUAGGCUACAAGUACAGAUUUUGAGUUUUCCAGUUCCAAAAUAACAAUGAACUUAAUGACAUACAUAAUCUACAGGGCGUUUUUCUUGUCUCUGAAAUCUAACAGUAAUUGGAAUGUUUUCUAUUAACUGUUUGGAACACAAUUCAUCAAACCUUAGAGUGCCUUUUUAACUCGGCAUAUACUUAAAUACAACACCCUAUGACCGAAGGACUUACAAAAGGUGGACAUUUCUGCUUGGGUUAUUUGUGUUUUUCUAACAUCAUGAACUGAAUACACUUUAUAGAUUAACAUUUAUGUCUUACAAAAGCAAAUGUUUAAAAGUAGUUUGUAAGCACAAUGAUAUUUAGCAACAUGAAUGUUUACAAAGCUAUUUAGGGGUACAUAUUUUAAGUGUGAAAGGUCAGUUUAAAUUAUGUUUUCUGUAUGGUUCAAGUAUUCAAAUGUUUAUUUUUUCUUUAAAGUAGAUCAGAUUGUUAAGUGGUUAUUUUUGAGCACAAAGCUAGACAAUAGGCUACUCGUGUUCUGCCUACUACAGGUAUCAUAAGCUUUCCGACUUGCAGCCGAGAGCCACAAGGGAUGUUUCUCGAGUAAAAAAAAUGUAUCAAUAUAAUGAUGCUAAACACCAGUUCACGCCGUAUGUCAACCAUGUGUAUCUAUGUUUUCAGUAAUAAAACUGAUCACUUUCUAA